UAACUACAGAUCUAUAAGAUUUAAUUGUUAUACUUGGUUGAUAAGUUAAAUGUCAAUUUACCUUAUUUUGGGCUUGAAGUGUCAUAGCUAUGUAAGCAAAGCGAGACAAUGAGGUUGGUUGUGUUUAACAGUUUAACAGCGGGUAAGGCCAAUAAUAACUGACAUAAACGGACUUUGACACUAACAGCUGAAGCUAAGAAUAGGCAGAGCAGGAGACCUGGGAAGAAUUAGGUACAGUACAAUUCCUAAAUAUAGCAAAAUGGAGCCUAGUGGCUGGUUGAGAGUAGUGGGGGUAGUAAUGAAGGGAACAUUCCAGAAACACAUAUAACACAAAAGACACUAGCAAGCGAGGCAUUGACACACAUUGAAGAUUUGAGCACAAACUUAAAGAAUCAAGAAAGAAUCAAGAAAAAAAUGUGUAGGAUCAAUCUUUAGAAUAUAUUUGACUACAAACUGGAAGCUAUACAUUUUUUUUUACUGAACACUUUUACACAAGACCUUUUUGACUUCCUCUGUUUUUAUUGCUUCAAAUGUUUCUGAACUCUUUACUUGUGGUCAUAACAGACCUGGUGGCUGCACUGCUGGGCAAUGUAUUAUUUCGCCGCCAUUUCCAUUUGUUUCUGUCAGCCGUUGUCAUGUUUGGACCCUUGAUGAAUUUAUGGGUAUCCCACUAUAGUGUUUUUGCGAAGAGGAGCCAUUAUUUAUACAGAGUUUUUCUGCGUUCAGGAUGGGGUUGGACCUGUAUUUUUGUUGGCUCCUUCAUCUUUCUUCUGUCUUUAUCUGUGCAACGAUCCUUGACACUCACGCUGCGGCAUCUCUCACGGCUGGCUGUAGCAGGUGGGCUGUGGCUGGGCUUCCGAAAGCUGCUUAGCCUGUUGGAGAAUGCCACAGGAAGUUGCUACGAGCCCCUAAGUGGAGCUCAUGAGCAUGCUGUAGGGGCUAAUGAAGAAGGGCAGCCUUUGUUGCUGUUACGGGAGGGUGAGACAAAAGCUGAUUGCAUAAGCUAUGGCAUGCUAUGGCGGGGUUAUGAGGUCUCUGAGGACAUCUUUCUGCUUUCUUUUUGUUGCCUGCUGCUGGCCGAGGAGAUGGCUGUAUUUGGGCCCUAUUUGAACCUGGGUGGGAUCUCUGGAGCACCCCUUAGAAUUCUGUUCUUAUUCUGUGCCCUUUUGCUGAGUCUAUGGUUGUUUCUACUUUUCUGCCUACUUGCUUAUUUUCCUCAAUUCCCAAACCAGCUUUUGGGAGGAGCUUUGGGUUGCCUGAGCUGGAGGGCAACGUACCAGGGAUGGUACCAUCUAGGACCAAGCUGGUACUGUCCUGGAAGGCCUGGGGUAGGUCUUCUAACAACAUAGGGAUAAAUAAAAUUGUUUUUAAAAAAAAAGGAAAUUGUUUAAUUACUUUGGGGUAAAUAUGCUUGAAGAAUUAUUAAAUAAAGUUUAAUUAUCAAAGUUUUGAACUACCUGUUUCAGGGAUUUUAAAAAGUCUGAUUCAGAUACCACAUCUUAAUUAAAACAGUCACUAACAAGCUUUCUUCAAUUUUAUUUCUCAAACUGGUUACAUAUUCCCUAAAAUAAAAAUAAAGGCAAAGAGAACUGUAAAAAAAUAUAUGUUCAGAUCUACAAGGUAAAAGGAAAUUUUGACUUGGUGAAUUUACUUCAUUGAUAUUUUCUGGGGGUUUUCUGAAGCCAGUAAAUUAUAAACAUCUAAAAACAAGUGUUAAUUUUAUGGUCAACUUGCAUAAAAAUAAAUAACUGUAAAUAAAGAUGAAUGUCCCUUUUUUUUGUUUGUUUUAUAUAAGAUUUACAUAUUCUAUUUAACACUGCCUUCAUGUGGCAGUAUACAUUUUUUGGUUAUUGGUAUACCUGGAUACUGGUGCUCUUAUAUGAAAACCCAAAAUAAAAAAAAUAAACCUACUUGGCUAUCGCAAACACUUAUGAAGAAAUACAUAUGGGAAUCAAUACUAUAGUUGCAGAAUAUACUUCUUCACAAUCAUUAUUUAGCAUAAGUAAAAGUCAAGAUACAAGUAGUUAGAAUUGAGAAUAUUCACAGGGCAGUGGAUUUAUCAGUUUUAGAAGAGCAGACUAGAGGUGUGCAAUAUUACCUAAAAAUAAAUAAAAUAAAAUAAAUAAAUAAAUAAAUAUAUUUUUCAUAUUUUUGGGAUUUUAUUGAUAAUGAAAAUUAAAUAUUUUGCUGAGUGCGUUAUUGUGCCAGUACCUUAAGGACUACCAUGGACAGCUGACUCUUAAAAUUUUUGAUAUUCCUCAUAUUCUGUGUGGUCAGUUUACAGCAGUGACUGAUUAAUAUUUUCCAAUUAGUUUCAAUUGAUUUUACCUUUCAAAGCAUUUUUUAAUGCAUCAUAUUUUGAGUCAGAUUCUUACAAUUAAUCAGCUAAGUAGUAUAAUAAGACAUUUUGGAUGUUAGUAUACAAAUGAAAUCAGUAUCAACCAAAUUCAUCUUUGCACUGCAGAAGAAACAGAAGCUGCAUCUGAAGUGGCAUUUAAAUGUAUUGACACACUGUUAAAUGCAGCUUAGAGGGACGUGUAUUGAUUUAACCUGCAGUUACAAAUGCAUAAAUAAUGUUUUGAUAUUUGAAACAUAAGACGUUGAACAUUGAUAUUUGAGAGUAUAAAAAAAAAGAAGAAAAAAAAAGAAGCUACUUUAGACGUGGAAUUAAAACCGCCAGUAGGUGGCAGCAAGUCGUUGUUAAUAAGUGAGACAUUGCGAUUCAACCAAAUCAUUUAAACGGGUGAUUUAUUCAUUAUUUUUGUUGGCGAAAAAGAGCAAAAAAAAGAGAAGAGGAAAUGUGGUGUCUAAAACCAAGUCUUUUAAUAUUAACCGCUUGUUUAUUGAACUAUUGUAUAAAAUCAAUAUCACAUUUGUAAUCUACUUGUAAGCUGAUUUUGGAGAAAAAAGACUGCACUUCUUGUGUGAAAUAAAUGAAUGAAUACAUUCUCUGCCCUGAA